AUAACUAUUCGUAGACAGAUGAACUUUGAACUUUGUUUUGAGCAUUUGAGUUUUUUUCAUUGUGGCAUUGAGGAAUCAGCAAUAUAGAACAAAACUCUUUUCAAUAUCAGGGUGGUACUCUCAGUGAAUUUUGUUGAUUCAUCAACAUACUGUGCAUGCUGGACAAGGCUGUGUGUGUUGCAAAAAAGAAGAAGAACCAGUUAAGGAAGGAAAUAUAUAUACGCACGCACCCAGCAGAGAGGAGUGACUACAUAAGAUCAACCAACCCAUCAACGCUGAUCAGUCAGGUCUGACGCAGAUUUCAAGAUGAAGCUGCUCAUUGUUCUGGCCAUGCUGUCAGCAACAGCUGCAAGUGUUGAAGAUCUCUCGGGGAAAAUGUUCACGUUCCCGGUGCAAAACAACCGAGCUCGUGUCAGGCUGAUAACAAACAAACAAGAAUUCAGAGCUGUGACUGUCUGCCACAGAUCGUUUACAGACAUCAAAAGAGACCACGGCCUGUUCUCAAUGUCCACCUCUGGGUCGUCCAACUCUUUCCUGAUAUUCUGGGAUGAAACAAAUAAGGAGAUGGAGGCUCACGUCAGAGAACAGAAGUCAGAGUUCAGGGGACUGGACUACAAACCCAACAUGUGGCAUUCCAUCUGCACCACCUGGGACUCGGCGACCGGACUGGUGCAGUUGUGGUUUAAUGGAAGGCUGACAAUUCGCAAAUAUGUGCCCGUCACAUCAGCUAUUACUGGAAGCACGAUGAUCAUUCUUGGACAGGAGCAGGAUGCUCACGGUGGAGGAUUUGACAGCAAGCAGGCUUUCGUCGGGAUGAUGUCGGACGUCCACAUGUGGGACUACGUCCUCUCUUCCUGUGAGAUUCAGAGCUACGUCGACGAGCUCAACUUCACUCCGGGGAACGCGCUGAACUGGAAGGCGCUGGAGUUCGAGAUCACAGACAAAGUCCUGGUGGAACCGAAAUCCUCCAUCUGUCACUGAAACUGUGACGGACAUGUGUCAGUGUCUGGGAAAGCCUUGCUGUGUUUUACUUGUUUUGGGUUUCCACUGAGGAGAAAUUGUUUAUGUCGGCAAAUUAUGUUCAUUUCCUGCUAAUUUGAGGAUGUGCUUAUGACUUUUCUUUCCCCAUCCCAUAAUAACUGAGAAUAUAGGUGCAAUCAAUCUAUCUGGGAACAAUUUGACUCUGUAAUAAUCAUAAAUUGUUUGCUUUAGAACUGCAUAAUGUAGUCUUUUCUUAACACUACAACCAUUUUUGUUUAAUUAUUUUGAUAUAGUAACGCACUUUGAGUUGUGUUUUUAAUAUGAAAAGCGCGUUAUGAAUAAAGAUUGAUUUGAUUUGAUGUAAACAAAAAUCAGCUGUUUAGCAAAUGUAUUAAAAUGUUGAUUAAAAUCUGGAAGCAUA